CCGGCCCCUACCCCGGCUACGCUGGCCCAGGCUGGGCCCAUGGGCGGCAUAGCCGAGUGGGCGCGCUGAGCGCGGUGCGGGUCCUUGGUGAACCCCAGAGGCGAGCGUGAGCGAGGUUUGACACCAUGCGCUAGAGCACUCCAAAUUCAAGGCCACGCCCUGGCCAUUGGAGCACCCCCUCCUCGCUUCAGGAGUCACCCUUCCCCACUGCCCACUGUCCACCAUGGCCGGGGACCGGCUCCCAAGGAAGGUGAUGGAUGCCAAGAAGCUGGCCAGUCUGCUGCGGGGAGGGCCCGGGGGGCCCCUGGUCAUCGACAGCCGCUCCUUCGUCGAGUACAACAGCUGGCACGUGCUGAGUUCUGUCAACAUCUGCUGCUCCAAGCUGGUGAAGCGGCGGCUGCAGCAGGGCAAGGUGACCAUAGCAGAGCUCAUCCAGCCAGCUGUGCGCAGCCAGGUAGAGAGCGAGGAGCCACAGGACGUGGUGGUCUAUGACCAGAGCACACGGGAUGCCAGCGUGCUAGCUGCAGACAGCUUCCUGUCCAUCCUGCUCAGCAAGCUGGACGGCUGCUUCGACAGCGUGGCCAUCCUCACAGGGGGUUUUGCGACCUUCUCCUCCUGCUUCCCUGGCCUCUGUGAAGGCAAGCCUGCCGCCCUGCUGCCCAUGAGCCUCUCGCAGCCCUGCCUGCCUGUGCCCAGUGUGGGCCUGACCCGCAUCCUGCCCCACCUCUACCUGGGCUCUCAGAAAGAUGUACUGAACAAGGACCUGAUGACCCAAAAUGGAAUAAGCUAUGUCCUCAAUGCCAGCAACUCCUGCCCGAAGCCAGACUUCAUCUGCGAGAGCCGUUUCAUGCGCAUUCCCAUCAAUGACAACUACUGUGAAAAGCUGCUGCCCUGGCUGGACAAGUCCAUCGAGUUCAUCGAUAAAGCCAAGCUGUCCAGCUGCCAAGUCAUCGUCCACUGUCUGGCUGGCAUCUCCCGCUCUGCCACCAUCGCCAUCGCAUACAUCAUGAAGACCAUGGGCAUGUCCUCGGACGAUGCCUACAGGUUUGUGAAGGACCGGCGUCCAUCCAUCUCUCCCAACUUCAACUUCCUGGGCCAGCUGCUGGAGUAUGAGCGCAGCCUGAAGCUGCUGACCGCCCUGCAAGGUGACCCAGCACCCCACCCUGGGACUCCGGAGCCCCUCCCAGGCCCUGCAGCAGGGCCACCACUACCCUGGCUACCACCACCUACCUCAGAGAGUGCUGCCACCACGGUCAGGGAGGGCAGCCAGAGCGCCAGUUUGGAGCCGUCUGCGCCUGCAGCUGCCCCGGCCACCAGCGCACUGCAGCAGGGCCUGCGUGGCCUGCACCUCUCCUCUGAUCGCCUGCAGGACACCAACCGCCUCAAGCGCUCCUUCUCCCUGGACAUCAAGUCUGCCUACGCCCCCAGCCGCCGGCCCGACGGCCCCGGGCCUCCCGACCCUGGUGAGGCCCCCAAACUCUGCAAGCUGGACAGCCCGUCAGGGGGCGCGCUGGGCCUGCCCUCCCCUCAGUUCAAGCGCAGAAGCUGCCAGAUGGAAUAAGAGGAGGGGAUGGUAGAGGGGCGCGCGCGGGGCGAGGAGCUGGCCGCCUUGGGCAAGCAGGCCAGCUUCUCCGGCAGCGUGGAGGUCAUCGAGGUGUCCUGACCCCUCUGCGGGAUCCUAGCGCCUUAGCCUCUCUGCCGCCCUCGGUGCCCUUGGCUCAGCGACGGUAGCCAGGCCCACUAUAAAUAUAUAUUAUAUAUAAUACAAAGAAAGGUAAAUGGUUUUACUGCGAUUUUUAUCGAGAAGUAAAUAUUUCGAUUUUUUAAUUUAUUUAAGCUGUUCAUUCUGGCAAUGAUUUGGCAACAGUGCAGGCGGUCCUCGAACUCUAUUUUUACUGUCUGGUAUUUAAACUGAAACACACGUUUCUAAGCAAUAUGAGGCAACCUUCAGUAGCAAGCUGGGGUGCCAGGCCUGGGGCCCUCCUCCUGCUUCCUUCUCCCCAACCCCAGGAAAUACUGCUGACAUUGCAAAGAGGCUGCGGAGCUUUUGUGCACUUUUUACAUAGGAAGGGGGGAAGGAAACACUUUGCCACAAACUGAGCCACAGAACCUCCCUUCCCUCCCCCCCUUCUCUUCUGUUUCACCUUGCUGGGCUCUGCACCAAAGCCAUAGGUUUGGGGGGGAGGGGACGGGAGCUAGUUUGCCCCAAGGAAGCGAGGCCAAACCCCAUAGGCUCCAGGUGCCCGAUGUUGGCAGCAAGGAGGGCUGCUCUCCCUCCUUCAACCCAGCGCUCUCCCUGGCAGAGAGCUGACCUUCAUUGGGCCCAAUGGGGCAGGGUUUCAGAAGGGCUGGGUAACAGAACAGAGGAGGGGCUUGGCAAAGGGGGCUCUGAGUGUGAGAUGACCCCCAGGGCAGGGAUGGGUGUGGAAAUGCCACCUGCCACCACUGGAGCUGAGGCCUCGCCUCGUUCCACAGAAUGGUUCAGAGAGCCCACCCAGAGGAGGCUGCUUCCCUCCCUCUCCUGUGCUGGAGCCUCUCAGAGCCACCUGCCAAGUGGGAAGCCUGGGAGCGGAA